AUCGAAUUGUGAGCCGAUUUCCAAACACACCGCCGCGUCAUCGCGCCUCACCGUGUCCAUCCACAUGGCUGUAAGAUCUGCGGUGAGCGGACCAGCAGCUGCUCGUGUAAACAACGCCGAGGGACGGGAUCGGGAAGUGUCCUCUCUCUCCAGCCGCCGUCCUGUUUGUCCCCGUCGUCUGUCCACCAUGACGCAACCGGCCGAGAAAGUUUAUUACCGCUUUCUGGUGCUGUUCUUCAACUGCCUGCUGACAUUCGGCUCUUAUUUCUGCUUCGACAUCCCCAGUGUGUUGCAGGAUCAGUUCCAGGGGAACCUGACGUGCUCCAAUGCGACGGUAGUCAACGGCACGGUGGACUGCGUGCUGGGACUGGGGAUGAACCCCGAGCAGUACAACCUUCUUUACGCCAUCUACGCUUGGACGAAUGCGGUGGUGGUCAUCAUGGCGGGGUUCCUGAUCGACAAGUUGGGAAACCGCUUCGGAGUGUUUCUGUUCUCCUUUCUGUGCGUUUUGGGCUCGUCGCUGUUCGCUCUGGGUUCCCACUUCAAAGGAACCCCUUACCUGCUGCCGCUGAUGCUCACGGGGCGACUGCUGUUCGGCUCGGGCAACGGAUCUCUGACCAUCGUUCAGAACCGCAUCACGGCCUUCUGGUUCAAAGGGAAGGAGCUGGCCUUGGCGUUCGGCCUGACCCUGGCCUUCUCUCGACUGGGUUCGGUCCUGAACUUCUUCCUCACCCAGAAGUUUGAAGAAAAGCACGGCAUGCAGUGGACGCUCUGGGGUGGUGCCGUUCUGUGCGUGCUGGGCUUUGUGUCCGCCGUUGUCGUCAGUGCCCUGGACAAGAUCGGCAUGAGGCAGCUGGGUCUGGAUGGCGCCAUCCGAGAGGAGUCCCGCAAAGUGAGGAUUCAGGAUGUGAAGCUCCUGUCGCUAAGAUACUGGCUGCUGGUUCUCACCAUCAUGUUCUUCUACAACGGCAUCUUCCCCUUCAUCGCCGAUGCCAGUAAGUUCAUUCAGGAUAAAUACGACGGCUACAGCCAGAAGGAGGCGGCGUACGUCGCCGGCGCGGUUUACGACAGCUCCCUGGUCCUGUCCGCCUGCGUGGGCAUUCUCAUUGACUACGUGGGGCUGCGGGGCGCGUUCGCACUGGCAUGUGCCCUCCUCACGCUGCCGGUGUUCGGACUGCUGGCCUUCACCUUCGUGGCUCCUCUGGUCUCCACCAUCUGGCUCGGGGUCACCUACUCCUUCGCUGCUGCCAGCAUGUGGCCGUCCAUCCCCCUCGUGGUGCCUCAGGCGACCCUGGGGACCGCCAUGGGCCUGGCCACCUCCAUACAGAUGGUUGGAAUCGGGUUGUCGAAUCUCGUCGUCGGGCAGAUCUUGGGCAGCAAGUCUAGUGAAACCAAGAUCCCGCUGUGGCGCUGGCAAAGGAUGAUGAUCUUCAUGUUGGCCAACACCGUCAGCUGCAUCGUCACCUCGGUGCUGCUCAACGUUGUCGACCACCGACAGGGCGGCCUCCUGAACAAGUCGACCAAGAGGUCGCGCCAGGCGGAGGAGGACCCCGACAGAGAGCCGCUCCACCCGGCAGAGGAAGAGCACCGCGAGGAUGAGGAGGACCGGGCGGCCAGAUCUCCUUCCAUCAACUCCUAAGAAGAAGUUGUUUCAAUUUUUUUUUUUAAUUGAGUUCAGAUAUUUGUCUUUUUAAAAAUGCAUUUUUCAUACCGUUCGAAUGGAACUUAAUUCAUUGUACAUCUCUCUGACCCCAUUACCUCUACAUUCUGUGUCUGCGGCGUCCACUGCAGGAAAUAGAGCAGUUCAAUCAAACUGAAUCAUCCGUAUAAAAUGUGGAAAUUG